CGGAAAGCGAGGCAUCUGGGCGCAUGCGCGGUAAGGUUCCACGUGAGCGCCUGCGUUUCUUCUCAAAGCCAACGAUGCCGCCGAAGCAAAGGAAACGAAUGAAACCGGACCGCAGAACCGGAAGGAUGCCAGCUUCGAAGACCCGUAUGAAGCCGGACCGAAGAAGCGGAGCGAGGCCGGCCGGCCGGACUCGAAAGGCUGCCCUUUCAUCCCAGCGGAAAUCCCUCGCCCGGCUGAGCGCUGCGACCGCUGCGAUCGCAGUCGCGGCGGCGGCGGAGGGGCGGCUCCGUCAGCAGAAUCGCCAGGCGCUGGAAGAGGACAAACCCGCGGUGGAGCAGUGUUUGGAGGAGCUCGUCUUCGGCAAUGUCGAGGCCGACGAGGACGCGCUGCUGCAGCGUCUGCGGGGCCCGCGGGUUCGUGCGCAUGAAGACUCUGGUGACUCAGAAGUGGAGAAUGAAGCAAAAGAUAAUUUUCCACUUCAAAAGAAGCCAGUUUGGGUGGAUGAAGAAGAUGAAGAUGAUGAAAUGGUUGACAUGAUGAGCAAUCGCUUUCGGAAAGAUAUGAUGAAAAAUGCCAGUGAGAGUAAACUUUCAAAAGAACAGCUACAAAAGAGACUUAAAGAAGAAUUUCAGCAUGCCAUGGGGGGAGUACCUGCCUGGGUAGAGAAUAAAAGGCCGAGGACAUCUUCUGAUUAUGAAAGUGAAGAGGAUGAAGAUGACUUGUUGCAAAGAACUGGAAAUUUCUUAUCCACAUCAACUUCUCUUCCAAGAGGCAUCUUGAAGAUGAAGAACUGCCAGCAUGCUAAUGCUGAACGUCCUACUACUGCUCAGAUCUCAUCUGUGCAGUUCCAUCCUUGUGCACAAGUUGUGAUGGUUGCUGGAUUAGAUAACUCUAUAUCGCUGUUUCAGGUUGAUGGAAAAACAAAUCCUAAAAUCCAGAGCAUUUAUUUGGAAAAGUUUCCAAUUUUUAAGGCCCGUUUUAGUGCUAAUGGAGAAGAGGUUUUAGCCACAAGUAGUCACAGCAAGGUCCUUUAUGUCUAUGAUAUGUUGGCUGGAAAGUUAAUUCCUGUGCAUCAAGUAAGAGGUUUGAAGGAGAAAAUAGUGAAGAGCUUCGAAGUCUCCCCAGAUGGGUCCUUCCUGCUUAUAAAUGGCAUUGCUGGUUAUUUUCAUUUACUGUCAGCGAAGACUAAAGAACUGAUUGGUAGCAUGAAAAUUAAUGGAAGGGUUGCAGCAUCUACAUUCUCCUCGGAUAGUGAGAAGAUAUAUGCCUCUUCAGGGGAUGGGGAAGUUUACAUUUGGGAUGUGAACUCUAGAAAGUGCCUUAACAGAUUUGUUGAUGAAGGCAGUUUAUAUGGAUUAAGCAUUGCCACAUCUAGGAAUGGACAGUUUGUGGCUUGUGGUUCUAAUUGUGGAGUAGUAAACAUAUACAAUCAAGAUUCUUGUCUCCAAGAAAGAAACCCAAAGCCAAUAAAAGCGAUAAUGAACUUGGUUACAGGUGUUACUUCUCUGGCCUUCAAUCCAACCACAGAAAUCUUGGCAAUUGCUUCAGAAAAAAUGAAACAAGCAGUCAGAUUGGUUCACCUUCCUUCCUGUACAGUAUUUUCAAACUUUCCAGUAGUUAAAAAGAAGAAUAUUUCUCUUGUUCAUACCAUGGAUUUUUCUCCCAGAAGUGGAUAUUUUGCCUUGGGGAAUGAGAAGGGCAAGGCUCUGAUGUAUAGGUUGCACCAUUACUCAGACUUCUAAAGAGAUUAUUUGAAAUCCAGUUGAGCCACAAGAGAAGCCCAUCCUGAUACAACUUUUCAGAAACUUUCCUGAAUGUGUGAUAAUAGAUGGUAGUUUAUUCAGUCAGCUGUGUUUAUUUACGUUAACAGAAAUGUCUUAAUAAAUACAUGGUGGCUUUUGUUUGAAAAUAAGUGAAUGUGGUUCUUCCCCACAUGCGCACACACACAAACAUGUAUGCAUUCAUUUUAAUAAAUGAGAGAUUGGAAAUA